AUGCUCCGUCGACUCGUAUUUCUUGCACUCGUUUGCUUUGUCGAUUCCGCUUCAGAUGUUGCUGGGCCACUAACAGACGACUUCCAGACAUGGUUAGCCACUUACGGAGGAAAAACAGAAAAUGCACCAAAAGUAGUCAACACUCCAGUCGUCUUCAUCCACGGAAAUUCAGAUUCUGCUCUCCGUAAAUCGUCCGCUGCAACCGGAUGGUCAAACUCUAUUGAAUACUUUUUGGAGCACGGAUACACUGUCGCUGAGCUCUAUGCCACUUCCUGGCAAGACACCAGUGCAUUGAAUGCUGCUAAAAGAACUCACGAUUGCACAGAUUUGAUCCGUCUUCGCAAGUUUUUAGAAGCAGUUCUCGCCUAUACGGGAGCCCCAAAAAUCUCAGUGGUCAGUCACAGUAUGGGAGUGACUCUUGCGAGAAAGAUUAUCAAAGGAGGAUCAGUGAAUGCACCGGAUGGAAAAUGUGAUUUGGGAUUGCCAUUGAACAAAAAAGUAGAAGUAAUGAUUGGAAUCGCUGGUGCCAAUUACGGUUUAUGUAACUGUGAAGGAGGAAGUGCAACACUGGAGAAGACCUGCAAUCGAGACAACGGAUUAUGGCCAGGAGAUUCGUGUGGAUUAAAUUAUUUGGAUUGCGGGUUGUUCCCUCUCGUUUGGCCAUGUAGUGGAGUCAACUACUCGUCUUUUUUGAUGCAACUCAAUUCUGACAAAAACAAGGAGGGAGACUACGUUUUCAGCAUGUGGAGUCUUUCUGAUGACCUGAUUGAAUACGGUAACAUGGUCUGGGGACGUUCCACUUCAUUCAUCCCAACAUCAGAUGGAAAAGUCAUCUACCACGUCUACACCCACAUGGAAACCAAGGAGUUGACCUAUGUAGAUCAGUAUCAGAUGGUCAAGUAUAAAACAAUUCCAACGACUACUGAAUGA